AUGGAAGGCCACUACAGUGGCCCGGGAACGAUUAAGCAACGCGAUGGUUUCUCUGCGCAGGUUUACCUCGCCAAGGACAUCCACACCAGCAAGGAGUACGCGAUCAAAGUGUGCGACAAGCGUCACAUCAUCAAGGAGAAGAAGACCGAGUACGUGAAGCGCGAGAAGGAAGUGCUGAACAUGCUCGCGGGCGCGAAACACUCGUUCGUGCGCCUGUUCUGUACGUUCCAAGACGUGGAAAGACUCUAUUUCGUCCUAUCAUACGCAAAGAACGGCGAGCUCCUGCCUUACAUCAACAAGGUCGGCUCCUUCGACAUCGAGUGCACGAAGUUCUACUCGGCGGAGAUCCUGCGCGGUCUCGAGUACCUUCACGGGCUCGGGAUCAUCCAUCGGGAUCUGAAGCCGGAGAACAUUCUGUUGGACGAGAAGAUGCACGUGCUGAUCACCGACUUCGGCAGCGCGAAGAUCCUGAAGGACCCGGAGACGGUGCUGACGCACAACACCACCUCGGACGAACAACAACAACAGCAGCAGCAACAACAGCAGCAGCAGCAGCAACCUUACAGAAGAGAGCGCAGGGGCUCGUUCGUUGGCACCGCCCAAUACGUGUCGCCGGAACUCUUAACGGACAAGACAGCGAGCAGAGCCUCCGACCUCUGGGCACUUGGCUGCAUAGUCUACCAGAUGGUCGCCGGUCUGCCACCGUUCCGCUCUAGGAGCGAGUACAUGAUAUUCCAAAAGAUCCUGAAGCUCGAGUACGAGAUCCCGGACGGAUUCUGCGAGCUGGCGAGAUCGUUGGUCAGUCAGCUGCUGGUCCUCGAGCCGAGCAAGAGGCUGGGCGCCCAGGACGAGCACGGCGCCGGCUACCCGAGCAUCAGGGCGCACCCGUUCUUCGAGGCCGUCGACUUCGAGACCCUCCACGAGCAGAACCCGCCGCCGAUCUACCCUUACCUGCCCGGCACGUCGGAGCACGAGGAGCUCAGGUCGCAGUACAGGGUCCCCGAUCACCUCGAGCCCGGCCUCGACGACAAACAGCUGACCAGGCUCCUCGGUUUGGGUAUCGGCGAGGACGACGACGACGACGACGACGAGGAGGACGCGACCACCGUGCGCGAGAAACCAGCGCCGACCAACACGGUCGUCGAGAAGCCGCCGAGGAGACGGACCACCAACGUUGACGGGAACAUCACCGAUCUGACGCCGGAGGAGAUCAAGAACCGCGUGGAGAAGCAGCGCACCUCGAACCAGUGGGACGGUUUUGUCGAGGGAAACCUGAUUCUGAAGCAGGGAUUUGUCAACAAGAGGAAAGGCCUCUUCGCCAGACGGAGGAUGCUCCUGCUAACCACCGGACCACACCUAUACUACGUCGAUCCAGUCAGCAUGAUGCUCAAGGGCGAGAUACCUUGGAGCCCGGAGCUGAGGGUCGAGCCGAAGAGUUUCAAGAUCUUCUUCGUUCACACACCGAACAGAACCUACUAUCUCGAAGAUCCCGAGGGAUUCGCAUUGGAGUGGUGCAGAGCAGUGGAGAACAUGCGAGUCCAUUACUACGGCCUGCAGGAGACCACCGCGUAAACAAAGAAGACUGAAACAACAACAACAACACCGAUCGCUUUUCACGAACGGAGAAAGAACGAGUGGGGAAAAGCCGGGGGACAGGAAGAAGUGAGAUGGAUAGAAGAAAAGGUUUUCAUCCUGUAUAGACUCUAUGCGACACCGUGAAAAAGUCCGCGAGGCGCGCGACCUUAUACCGCUUCGUAUACCUACCGUGGGGGUUGGCGAUUCCGAAUAGUUUCCGAUUCGAUUUAGGGUAAAAAUUACACAAGUCGUGACUCGUCGUUUAAGGAAUGAUACGUUUCCUAGGAUAUAAGUUUCUUGUACAGGUUAUUUAGGAGACAAUUUUCUAGGUGAACCAAUUGAAAGUCGAAAGCGGCCUCCCCCCCCUCCCGGGUUGAACGCGCGCGACUCGGUGGGGGAGGGGACGGUAUUCGGAAAGCACGCAUUCAAGCGCAGCAAGAUGCAAUCUCCGGUUGCGUUCGAAGUUCCGUAUUUAUUAUCGAUUCACCGGGUAACCCCGAUCGAGAGAGGCUGCUCGCGCUCGUUCUCCGACACGCGAACGCAUAAAAAAUAGCGAAACUUUUUAGCCCAGGUGUGUAUUAUUAUCGAGGCUGUGUCCGAUCACAGCAUGUGCGCGCGCGUGCUCGCGUCCGCUCGCGAUCGAGAUCGCCCGGGAUUAUAUUUAUCCGGGAAGAAUCGCCAGUCGAAAUUGCGGGAACACGUCGAACGAGAGAGCGGAUCUCGAUACGCGACUGAAUGAUGGAGGGGGCGAUCCCGAUCGCGAGACGCGCGCGCGCGCAGAAGCGGUUUUGUUCCAAAUGUAGCGAAAAUUAUCUAGCAAAUUGUGUGAGGGACUAGCCGUCAAUUUAUUAUAGUCGAAGUCAACCAAAAAUUGUCCGGGAAAUACGCGACGGGGGGGGACAACGUAACCGCUUUGCAGCUUUAACGGGGACCGUUUUACGUCGCCUGGAAUUGGGGGGCCCUUAAGGCCCUUGCUCUCUUCGAGUUCUACAGUAUUCUUCUCUCGUUGUUCGUUGGCCCUUUUCUCUCCUCGGGAACCUAUUUGUAUAUAUUAGCGCGGGGUUUCCAGCGAAGAGCGGGCUUCGUAAAAUCGUCCGUCGAUUGUAUAAAUAGUGUUCUAUAUAGUUUAGAUAGACGUAUAGAUAGAUUAUAUAUUUCGUAGGUACAAAAAUCGUUGUCCGACCGCGGUUCGUCACAUCAUCACCAUCACCACCGUCUCUUUUUCUUAGUCCAGAAUUUUCUCGCGGCGUCGCCUUCCCCCCCUCCGCGGUCUACGGCCCUCGGCGGACUCGAAUCGAACAACGCGUGCGUGCGUGUGCGUAUGACAGGGAAAAGAGCGCGUGUGCGUGCGUGGGUGUCUGCGCGCAAUGCCGGGAACAGGAAGGAAAUAACCACUAACGAAGGAAGCGAGAGAGAGAGAGAAACACUUCGAACCGGAUUUUUCCGGGAGCAUGGAAACGGAAAGAGAAAACGCGGAGAGAAAGAAGGUUUCUUGUACAAACGCCAGAAGCGGUGGAUAUUGGAGGGGAGUAACGAAGCUCUAUUCUUUCAUGGGAAAAAGCUGGAGAUACAUGGGAGUCUCGAUAGGAAAAAUUAGGUCAGGGAUAUCCACGGGUGGCGGAGCCCUGCCGGCGCUCAACCGGGCUCUCCGUUCGCGAAAUUCGUCUCUCCCCGGCCUCUCGGAAGCCCGUUCGGGCGAACACGAGUUCAUCAAUCUGGUCAAAAACCGUAACGUUUUUAUUGUUGGUAACACACACAUACACACACGGCUUUGUAGAGACACGCGACCCACGUCUCGUUUUCAAAGUACCGCCCGAUCCAGAAGCGAUCGCGGCGAAAAGGAAACAAAAAGACGCGCUUAUUCGGGCGAAACUCCCGCGACACGUUUCUCCGCACAGAGUGAAAUUAUUGUUGUUCGUCUCCUGCUAGAUAUCUCCCGGGCCACUGGCGUCUCGUUUAAAUUCCUCUAUUUAAAUCCGUUUUGAAACCACACGAAGCCGAAUCAAUAUCGCAAAAGAAUCGUUUCGAAAAUUCGUUUCGACAAACUCGUCGCGAAAAUUCGUUUCGAAUCCGAAAUCAAUGUUGCGCGGAGUUUCGCCCAGUUCUUUUUGCGCGCGUAGAGAAAUUCGUAAACGCAUAUCCGCAGAGCACCGUCGCUAUUAUUCGUUCAGUUUGUGACAGACGCGAUUAGUUUUCCUUCCAGUACACUUCCGAGGGCUGUUCCGUUCGUACGCGAAACGGUGCAACGAAUGGCAGACACUCGCAUUCGCUGGCUAUCGUUUUGCGAACAACGGCCGAGAGAGAGAGAGGAGAGGGAGAGAAAGAGAGAGAUCGUUUCCGCGGAGCCUAAGCUCGGGCGCCUUGUCCGGACAUGACUAAGUUAGAUAGAUAGAUGAUAGUGAAUUAAAAGGAUAGCUUUAAGAGACGUAGUAACCCGUUUAGAUGCGAAAUUACACGCGUUCACUAGAGGAACACAACCACGUACACGUCAUACACAUUAGCAAGUUCGUUGGUCGCGUCCCGUACAAUCGUCGUUAUCAUUCUUACUAUUAGUAUAAUUUUCUUAGUGUUUAGUGCCGCCGCUACGGUUUAGAUAUCGUUAACGUUCUAACUGUUAUUCAAUAUUUCGCCGUGUAUUAUCAAGUAUGAAGUAUUUUGCACCCUCUCGUAAAAAGAACACGUUCUCGACCGCGUUAUUUAAGCGACUUCCGUUCAUCGUUUACUAUUAUUAUUAUUAUUCUUAUUAUUCUAAUUAAUAUUAUCAUUAUUAACAUUA